AUGGAACAUUUUGGGCAUCGACAUAUAUGGAAUUUUCCAGAAGAGGACGUCAACGAGGUCACGAUAGUUCAAGAUACAGAAUCACGAAAUGUUCUUGAGUUAGUAGUUGACCUACCUGAACUGGACAACUUAACAUUUGAUCGGCCUGAUAUCGAAGCAAAUACUGUCACGUCUGACGUCGACGCAUACUUGCGGGACAAGUCGCCAACUAAAGAUGAAGAUGACUUUAUUGACGAUGGUGAUGAUGAAACUGUGUUUGACUAUAUCGAAGAUGAGCUCGUCGAUUUUGAAGAUGAUGACGACAUAGAAAGUGCUGAUGAUGUUGAAGACAUUCGUAGUGACGACGAAUAG